UGAUUCAAUUUAAGGUUCAACCACAAUCACAACAGUCUCCGCUUCCACAACCAGGACCGCCACCGCCAUCAACACGUUUCAAGAGGUCAAAAGAUUUAACUACAAAUGAAAAUAUUAUUAGAAUUUGA